AAUUUUCUUUUUAUCGGUUUUGUUAAUGAUUCAAUUUUCACUUCAAGAGUUUUGGUUUUUCCUCUUCAUCACAACAACUUUAAUGAAUCAAUUUUAUUUUGACUAAAUUGUUUUUCUAUUAUUUUUUUUUUACUCUUCUCUCUCUCUCUCUCCUCUACUAGAUAGACACAAUUUGUUAAGUGUCGUCUUGAUUAUUGAAGAUUAGGAUAUGAAACGGAUGAAGAAAUUGUAUUCCGACAAUUGGAUUGUCAAAUGUUGUAACAACUUAUCCUAGAGCCGAACUGAAGUAAACUGUCAUUUGAUUUGGUUUGACUGAUUUCUCAAUUUAUCCAUUGAAAAGUUGAUUGACUUUAUGUUUACUUGGUUGAAGAAAUCGCGAGAAAAAAACACACUAAUUCUACCAGAAGAUUAAUGAUACAAAACGGAUUGAUAAAAGAGAGUAAUAACAGAAGAAGAGAUUUAAUCAAAGACCAACUUGGCAGGAGAAAACAAACCUGAUACAAUUAACAAUCGAAAAAAUCUUAAUUUUCUGUUCGUCAACAAAUUAUACAAUCACCAUUGUCUUUUAUUUACUAAGGUGAACAAUUAGAAUAUAAAUGAUCUCGUUGGAUUGGUAGCUCAUCACUUGUUUACUUAUUGUUUUACAAUUAACUGGAUAAUUUGUGUUAAAUAACCAGAAAAAUGUUCUGUAAAUUAAUCUUGCUGUUUAUCGUUGGACUUACAUGGGACUCGAUUAACUGUGCUAAUCUUUGGCCUCAACCUAAAUCAUUUCAACAAAGUGCUAAGUUUUACACUCUUAAUCCAUCCAAGUUCAAGCUUUUGUUGGACGAAAAAUCAGUUGGAUGUGAAAUUUUGGAAAAAGCUAUUGAUCGAUAUUCUAAAUUGCUCUUUCUCUCUGAUUGUUCACGAUUGAGAACAAAUUGUGAUGGUAAAAAAUUACCUGUGGAUCCAGUUGAAGAUCUUUCCCAUGAUCCAAAUUUUGGUGGAUCUUUGGACAAUUUAACCAUUAGUGCCGAUUCUUGUGAGAAAUUUAUCACUUCAGAAAGUUUCGAGAUUUAUACUCUUCGAGUUGCAACGGCCGAUUAUCCAAACGAUGCCGCUUUGUUUGCCCCGUUCUGGGGUAUUUUAAGAGGAUUGGAAACCUUCAGUCAACUGAUUGUCCCUCAUAAGGGUAACUGGAUAAUUAAUUCAACUUUUAUCGUUGAUUAUCCUCGGUUCACCUAUCGAGGUUUACUUUUGGACACAGCUCGACAUUAUAUUCCGAUUCACAUUUUGCUCGAAAAUUUAGACGCAAUGGCCUUUAAUAAGAUGAACGUUUUCCACUGGCAUAUUGUUGACGAUCAAUCAUUUCCCUUUGUUAGUACCACUUUUCCAUCACUUAGUCAAGCCGGAGCGUUUCGAUCAAGUCACAUUUACACACCUCAAGAUGUGGCCACUGUUCUUGAAUAUGCUCGACUUCGUGGUAUCCGUGUGAUCGCUGAAUUUGAUACACCAGGUCACACCCUUGCUUGGGGUAAGGGAAUCAAGGGUCUUUUGACUCAAUGUUAUUCGGGAAGUCAACCAGCGGCCAAUUCUUAUGGUCCAAUCGACCCAAGUAAGAAUGAAACUUAUACUUUCUUGGCGUCACUUUUUUCGGAAAUUUCUCAAGUUUUCCCCGAUGAUUUUAUCCAUCUUGGUGGAGAUGAGGUUGACUUUUCUUGUUGGAAAUCUAACCCUGAAAUUAAUUCAUUCAUGAAAUCACUUGGAAUUGAGGGUAACUAUGCUGACCUGGAAAGUUAUUACCUUCAAAAGGUUAUCACUAUUAUGGACAAAUUGAAAAAAAACUACAUCGUUUGGCAAGAAGUUUUUGACAAUGGUGUUAAAUUGCGUUCUGAUGCCGUUGUCCAUGUUUGGAAAAGUGGUGACUAUCAAUCAGAAUUAUCUUCCGUUGUCUCUGGUGGUUAUCGAACUAUCCUCUCAUCGCCCUGGUACCUUAAUUACAUUUCCUAUGGAUCUGAUUGGCAAACUUAUUAUAAAGUUGAACCUCUCGCUUUUAACGUAUCAUCAACAUCCGAUUAUGAUUUAGUCAUUGGAGGUGAAGCCUGUGUUUGGGGUGAAUGGGUUGAUGGUAACAAUUUAAUCUCAAGAACAUGGGUUCGAGCUUCAGCCGUAGCUGAGAGACUUUGGAGUGCCAAAGAUGUCACAUCAAUUUCAUCGGCAACAUUACGAUUAGAUGACCAACGAUGUCGAAUGUUGAAACGCGGCAUUCGAGUAGAACCCGUUCAAGGCCCUGGUUUCUGCGAUUGUGAUAUUUGUGUUUAACAUGAAAAACUAUUUAAUUAUCAAAAAUUGAAUCAAUUCUCUCCCCUACAACUAAAUUAAAAUUAUCACAAUUUUAAAGUGAACAAAAUGUAAACAAUUAUUAAUAAGAAACAGAAAAUAUUUUGAUACAGAAAAACACUUCAAUCAAAUUUGAUAAAAAUUUGUUUAUUCUUGAACUAUUUCAUUAAGAGAUAAAGUUGAGGACAGUUUUCUCUGUCCAGUAAUUGAUACAUUA